AAUCCAAUAUCGACUAUCUUCUUAUUUCACAAUUUCAAUCUCGUUGAAACAUCCUAAUGGUUUAUGUAUACGCCGUUUAACUUUACACUUUUCCUUAUGAUUUUCUUUCCAUAAUUUUUCCGAUGCAACGAUAAUCCGUUCCGUUUAUCAAUCGUACUUUUACCAAAAAGAAAUGUAUUGUUAUAUUCAAUGAAUUUCUUUUUUCGAACGUUACUCUCUAAAAAAAGAAAAAGAAAAACAAAAAGAUAUAGAGAACAUCGUUAGACAUUUUUAAAAGAUUCUCUUAUACGUAUCGUCUUUCGUGUCCUUCUAAUCGGUUCGAAAGAAAAGAAAAGAAAAAGAAAAGAAGACCCAUCGUUUCUCGAAGUAUAUUAUUACUCGUUCAUAAAUUAAUAAUCGUUUCUUUAAGAAUAGGAAAGACUUAAAACGAUCCAAGUUCUUCAGUAUUCGCGUCAGACAGAACGAUGAACAAAAAGAAAUUUUUCUCGGUUAACGUCGCAAGAUUUUUAAUGAAACUCAUUGGUUUCUGGUCGACGGAUACGGUUAACGAGCAACGUUUAUUGAAUUUACUUUUAAGUUAUACCAUCAUUGCAGUUGCUAUAGCUUUGUGGAUCGAGGCGUAUGAUUUUUAUGUUAGCCUUGCUGAAUUCUACGCACUCACAUAUACCGCUUGCAGUGCAAUGCCGGUGGCAGUAAUUCUAAUGAAAUUAAUCAUAUUUUUACCUAAUCGAAAAGACAUCGUUAAAUUAAUUCGAUAUACCGAGGAAUGUUUUUGGUUUAAAGAGUAUGACGAGUUCGGUAAAAAGAUAUUGGAUGAGGUUAAUAAAAAGGGAUCGAUUUUGAUCUGUUGUUUUACGUUUUGCGUACAGAGCACCAUAUAUGCUUACAUGCUCAUCCCUCUAAUAGGUAUACUACUUGUCAAAUGAUUCGAUUAGAUUUAAAUGUAACUCUUUACACUUGUUUGA